AUGAAUCGUUUAUUUGGCACGAAGAGUGCGGCUCCCAAGCCGACGCUGGACGGCGCGAUUUCGAAGGUCGAAGGCCGCGUCUCCAGUAUCGACGUCAAGCUCGCCGCUCUCAAUAAUGAGCUCUCCACCUACCAAGCAAAACUCGCCAAGAUGCGCGACGGGCCUGGCAAGCAGGCUCUGCGCCAAAAAGCGCUCAAGGUACUCCAACGGCGGAAGCAGUACGAGGCGCAACGCGAUCAGCUCUCCCAACAAUCCUGGAACAUGGAGCAGGCCGGCAUGAUGCAGGACAACCUUCAGAAUGUCAUGACCACAGUGGACGCGAUGAAGACUACGACAAAGGAGCUGAAGAAGCAGUAUGGCAAGGUCGAUAUCGACAAGAUCGAACGCAUGCAGGACGAGAUGGCCGAUCUGAUGGAGGUCGGCAAUGAGAUCCAAGAGAGCAUCUCGCGGGCCUAUGAUCUUCCGGAAGAAGUGGACGAGGCCGACUUGGACGCCGAACUCGAGGCUCUGGGCGAAGAGUCCAUGUUUGAGACGGAGAUGGGGGCGGAUGCGAUGCCGAGCUUCUUGCAAGACGAGGUCGCUCCGCCACAGUUUAUUGACGAACCACCGGAACAGGCGAAGGUCAAAGAGGCUGCUGGAGGAAUUGGCUAA